UGUUAGAAAUAUAAAUGCAUAAUAAUUGUGAGUUGUGUAAAGAAAAUCCCUCGUGCCACAAGCUAACCAAUAAUGUAACCAGAGCACAAGUACAACUCAAUAUUCCAAGCGCCCAUACAAAUUUCGCGCUCACUGCUUUGCUUCCUCUGAGAGAAUGAUAGCCUGUCUCUUUCCCAACCUCAAUUAAAGCAAGGCCAGUAACCAAUUGCCAUUACGUUCCCUAACAACAGAUGCUUAAUACCAGCCUCACUUUCCCCUUAACCUUUCUCCCCUCGUCACCAUUCCUCCCUUCUCCCUCCCAUGGCUUUCAUCCUACUAUGAUGUUCCUCUUCCCUUCAUUCUCCCACCUCAGCUUCCUCUUCCUCCUCCUCCACUUCUUCGCUUUCCUCUUAUCCAAGCUCUUCUCCUUCCUCCACCGCCGAGCAAUCUCCAAGCGGGAUGACAAACUCUGCAUUUCUGAUCAUGAAAACAAGUUCGUCUCUUCCGCCGCCGCCAUCUCCGACGAACUUUACCGGAGAGACGACAUCAUCGCCGAUAUUAUUCUUGGAGGAGACGCCAUGCUUUUCUUGUACGGUGCGAGUUGUAAGAACGAUGCUCUGCUUGGCGACCAAGAGACAGAUUCCAAUGACCAGAUUCUCCUCGGAGAACAUGACAACUUUGUACUCGAAUCAGAAUAUGGUUCCUCUCAAGGAAAUAUCUCGAAUCCUACAGAUGGCUACAGUGUCUCUACUGCAACGAACAAGACUGGAACUUCGGAUUGCUUGGUAUCUUUGGACAAUAACAAUAUUGAAAACGACAAGAAUCAGGAUGAAGAAAAAUCUAGGGUUCAUGAAGAAAGUGUGAAAAGUGACCUGAAGAAGAAGGAUUUAACGGAGGAUGAAAAGCUUUUGGAAGCAGAAGUUCCAAAUUUCAGGGUUGAACAAGUUCAACAAGAGAGAGAAACCUUCGGCGGCUCUCUCACUGGCGAAUCUACUUCGAAAAGCUCCAUUGAAUGGAGAAGCUCCACAAUUUUUCGUGACUCAGAGACAGAAUACCCAUUCUCUUCAUCGUCAAGAAGGAGCGCUUCCAACUGGGAGUUCUACACCCUGUUUAAGAAAUAUGACGAAGAAAUGUUCUACUUUGAUAGAAUCAGUGCUCAGAAGCUCGCAGAAACAGAAUCGUUUAGGUUAAUCAACGCCCAACCAAGAUCAAUUUCAAAAAGAAUUGUUGGAAAAUUAAUGGCGAAGCCCGGAAGCAAUUCAAUGAGAAUGAGAGAUCCAUAUCAGGACCUGGAGAGUGCUUAUGUUGCUCAGAUUUGUUUGGCAUGGGAAGCUCUUAAUUGGAACUAUAAUAUUUUCCUGAGAUCGAAAGGUAAUAAAUUAGACAUGGAUGGUUCUGUCUGCCAUGCGCGAAUAGCACAGAGAUUUCAGCAGUUUCAAGUUCUUUUACAGAGAUUUAUAGAAAAUGAACCAUAUGAAUAUGGCCGUAGGCCUGAAAUCUUUGCGAGGAUGAGACUGUCAUCUCCCAAGCUUCUUCAAGUUCCUGAAUUUCUAGGGUCGGAAGGUGACGAGGAGAAUCAGGGAAUGGACUCCAGCAUUUCAUCAGCUGAGUUUCUUUCAAUAUUAGAAGAAGCAAUCCAAACCUUCAUGAAUUUUCUCAAGGCAGAUAAGAAGACGCCAUGUGAGAGAUUGAAAGCUUUCAUCAAGAGGAAGCAGAGCGCGGCAGAUCUGACAUACCUUCGGUUGCUGAAGAAAAUUAAUAAGCAAAAAAAGGCGAGGAUGGAAGAGAUUGGAAGGCGGAGGAAAUUCUGGAAGAAAAGGAAGCCGAAGGGGGAGGAAGAGAUGGAAACUUUUAUGGCCAUUAUAGACAUAAAGGUUGUGUCUAGGGUACUCAGAGUGCAGGAGAUAACGGAAGAACAGCUGCAUUGGUGUGAGGAUAAGAUGAGUAAAGUUAGAGUAUGGGAUGGGAAGAUGCAGAGAGAUCACUCGCUUCUUUUCUUCCCUGUACACUAAUGGUUUGUAUAAUUUUUUCUUCAUCUUUUUUUUGGGGGUGGGCUUGAUGACUAGAUAAAGUGCACUGCUUUGUAUAUGCAGUCUAUUCCUGUAAAUUCGAUAUAAAAAAUUGGAGAAAUUAGAGGCCAACAAAGCUUCAUGGAUGCAUGUGGAGGUCACAUUUUAAGGAUUUGGAAUCAAUGUUUGAGGCAAAAAGAUGAUAUCUGGUUGAUUUCUUGAUGACAAACGAAAGGGAAAGAUUAGGAAGAAAAAGCAAAAGGAUGAGGAAGCAGUGGGGAUGAAGACAAGCACAACUUUAGCUUUCUUCCACACCUUUACUUGUGAGAUACUUCGGCUUUGUCAAUGAGGUGUAAGAUGUGGCUGGACCCUGCAACAGUGGCCGCCAUGGAUCUGAUCGAGAGGAUAAGGGCAAGCUGCCAAGAAAUUUCACUAGAAAUUUAGAAAAAAGAAUAGAAAAAUAUGCUGUGGGGAUGAAGUGGCUUAGCAUCAUCAGUUCCAUUGUGAUAAAGCGAGGUUUAAGAGAUAAUCAAGGCAUUGAGGAUAGAUAUGGUUUAGAAUAUACUAGACAUGCGCAUCAUUCCUUGGUUAGGGAAAAGGUUGAGUUGUGGAGAUUCGCUUAGUCAUCAAACACUACACUCUGUCUAUAAAGUUUAAAACUUG